CUCGUGCCAUUAUCCAGUUGCUUAUCGUCCCUUUCAAUGUACCUAUCGUGCCUACCUAUCGAGGUUCCAGAAGUCAAAAUGACUCAAACGCCCGAUAUCGGGAAGGCAAAAGUUUUUUCGCGGCAAAUGGAAAAUGCCAGGUGCCAGGUAGUCGACUUAGGGGGCUAACGGGGGAGCUACUCUACUGUUACACGGGGACCUACAUAACUGAUAACCUACCUCGUUACUAUUAUCGUCACUUUCCCCGCCAACGACACCUCCCUCUCUUCCCCGGUCAUGGCUGUGACCAUCGGGGUCUUGGCCCUUCAAGGGGGCUUCCAGGAACACAUCUCCCUCCUCGUCAAGGCCGCAGCCCAUCUUAGAGCCUCGAAAUCUUGGUCCAGGUGGCAGCAGAAGAACCAUGAACUGGACUUCAUCGAGGUCAGGAACGCCGAUGACCUCUCGCGCUGCGAGGCCCUCGUCAUCCCGGGUGGCGAGAGCACGACAAUUGUCCUCAGCGCCGCCCGGUCCGGCCUCCUCGAGCCCCUCCGGAAGUUUGUCAAGAUCGAUCGAAAGCCCGUCUGGGGCACCUGCGCCGGUCUCAUCGUCCUCGCCGAGCAGGCGAACGCGACCAAGAAGGGCGGCCAGGAGCUCAUCGGCGGCCUUGACGUCCGCGUGCAGCGCAACCAUUUCGGCAGGCAGAUUGAGAGCUUCGUCGCCGACAUGGACCUGCCCUUCCUGGCGGAACUCGACGGCGGCGGCGGAGACGGCAACACGCCGCCGGCGCCUUAUCCGGGCGUGUUCAUCAGGGCGCCCAUUGUUGAGGAGCUGUUGGCUUGCGACGGCGCGGGGCAGCCGGUAGGCGAGGAGGAGCAGGGGAGGGAGCAGGCCAAGAGCAGGGUCGAUGUCCUUGCCGUUCUGCCUGGGCGGACUGUGAGAGCCAAGGGAGGUGAGGUCGAGGCCGAGUCGAGCGGCCAUGUGACCGACAUUGUUGCUGUCAGGCAAGGCAAUGUCUUUGGGACAAGCUUCCAUCCGGAGCUUACCGACGAUGUUCGGGUCCACGCUUGGUGGCUGAGCCAGGUUCUUGACCAGUUGGAAAGUAAAUGAAUCUUGAUGAAAGACAGCGAAGCGGCCACUUCUAGGCCCCGUAUUCUCCUAUACCUCCAUCUGCUAGAUCCUAAUUAAUUGGCAUGGUUGAUUUCCAUUUGAAAUA